CUGCACUCAAGUUUCCGCGGACGGAGCAGGUAGUGAGUUGGGCUUGUGGAAGACCUAUGGGUCGCUUCAGCAGCGACAGCUCCGGGGACGGCAACAGUCAAAACGUCACUCUCGCGUGCGUCACAGCUCUCAACGUCUCGGUGGGACGCCCCACCGGGUCGGCCCCUUUCCUGCAACCCACGGCGAUAGACAUCGUCAACGCCACAGGCCUCAGCAUGCAAAACGUUUUGCUGCGCACCGGAUGCGACAGCGUGCUUGAGUAUCAGGAGUACUUUUGCUCGUCGCAUGAUGUUGCGGGCAGCAUCAUGCUCUGGCGGGGCUCCAUCCAUUUCAUGACGUGGCAGGACGGCUUCACCAGCCUGCGGAAUGUGACCCUCACCUGCCCGUCCGCUGGGGCAGCACCCGAACCCCCCUGUUGGUUCACAUCCGUGGGGAACGCCACGGAGCUGCUGAAUGCGUUUGUCUCGUACAUGGAGGCGGUUGCGGCCAACGUCACAAUUGUGCUGGCAGCGGAUAUUGCUAUUUCUAAUAGCCCUGUCCCAGUGGGCAACCACGUACAGCUGGUGGGGUCGUCGCGACUGAACAGGCCGGUGUUGGACUUCCAGUUGAUGGUGACGCUGUGGGACCUGCUACCUGCCGUCAGCGUUGGACUUAUCAACCUUACCUGCGUCAACCUGGCGCCCAGCUAUAUUAGCCCCGCCUUCGCCGCCGCAGCGUUUUCGAUGGUCACACACCGCGUCUGGGCGUUCCGCAGGUACUGGAUUAAGUACCUGGUCUCACCGGUGCCCGAGGACCAGGCUCAGGCGGCUUGGUUAAACGUCAGUGAUAUGAAGAUCCUCAAGGUUAAUGACAGCGGGAUAUAUUAUGAUGCCGUCAAGGCGUACACUGUCACCUACAGCUCCGUUCGCCUUACGGACUCCUUCGAUGGGGGCUAUCCGUUGCUGCCCCUCAGUCUCGGCCUGCAGCAGCUGCUGGAGGACGGAGUGCCCCUCUCCGCAGUGCGGCAAGUCAUGAACAUGUCAGAUAUGCUGAUUGCGCUCUCGCCCAGUACGAUGCAGUCAGAUAGCAAGGGGUACCGCUGGAUCUUGCUCGUCGCCAACUUCUCCCUCACUGAUGUCGACCUUCUGCCGCGCCCGCUGCCAAACGCCGGCGCCAACGGUGGCGAUGCUAUCAUCGGGGUGCAGGGCAGGGUCGUAGUGGGUGUCGGUACGGGCCUGCGAGCAGUGCGCCUGGACUUCGGCGGCCGCCUGAAUAUGCUGGAAGUGGUGGGCAUUGAUAGCUCGGAACUUGUUCUGCGGGCGCUGGUGCUGGGGACCCUUCCAGCGCGGUCAGCGGCCUAUGACCCGCAGUCGCCGCUGGACGUCCUGGUGAGUCCGAUUUGGGGUGUCUUGAUGGACGACGGCACACCGGGGGUCGUCUUGGAGAACUGCACAGUGCUGGUGAGUGAAGCGGAGUUGCGGCUUCUACUGCAAUGCCUUCUCCCGGCAAGCACGGCGCCGGCGCCGACCUUCGACGCUGCACUGAUGGCAGCAGUCAAGGCGUUCUUCACGGCGGUGCGAAUCGAUUCGUACAAUUCGUCGUACUUGCGGCUGGCCUCAGGAUCAACGCAGCGAUACUCGCUCACGGACGUCACGUUCAGGAUGCCAGUGGCGGCGCAUGGUGAGGUUGGACUGGUUAGCUUCGUAGCACCGUUGAGGGCUAGUCCGAGCAGUGGCGGCGGGGGACUCGAAGGGGGAAAGGUUGGUGUCGUCGUUGGGUGUGUUGUGGGCGGCGUGGUGGCGCUGGCGGUUGGGGGGGCAGCGCUGCUAGCGGUACGGCGGCGGCGACGGCGCUACGCAGCUGAGGAUGACGCAGCGCGGCGCGAUGGCGCCUACGCGAAGUACCUCCGCAGCGGCGGUGCGGAUUUGCGUGAGGGUGCGCCGGGGGGCCCUGGCGGCGGCGUCGGACCCACUGGUGGUAGCUUGGACCUUGCCAACCCUAGUAACGACCUGACGAACAGCAGUCAAGUCCUAAGGCCCGACGCACGGCGUAGCGACUUGGAAGCUUCACGGCUGAAGGCGACGGGCUCCGGAACCGCCUCUGGCUCUGCGUCCGGCGGACUUGGGCCCACCGGCCGCAGCACUUCCAUCACCGGUGUUACAAGCCAUGACACCAGCAGCUGCGCCGUGCUGCCGAUCGGCGGCGGCGUUGGAGCUAGCGCCCAAGUCUCUGCUGCAGCCGCCAGCAGUCCUAGCACCAGCGGUGAUGUGCGGCAGCGGGCGGUAGUCCCGCCGCCUGGUAGCGGCAGCGGCUCCACUGCCGCCAGUGCGGCUAACGUGCCCGCGGGGCACGGCGCUAGCCAGGGCACUGACUCUUUCGACCGGCCGCCGAGCAACACAGCAUUGGGUCAGCAUGGUCCCGCGAGUCGCCACACACAUCGGGUGGCGAGUGUUGCGGGUAUGAGCUCCGUGCCGAGCACUUCCAUCGUCUCCCAGACCCAGAGCGUGCUGGGAACGACAGGCUCUGCAGCGCUGGAGCAGAUGCACCAAAUGAUUCAGGUUCUGGGUCGGGACUUCAACGACCGGCAGCUGGAGGUGCAUGGCAUGCUGGGCAAAGGCGCUCACGGGACGGUAUACAGAGGCACCUGGCGUGGACUGCCGGUGGCGGUCAAGUCCAUGGUGUUUAACAGCGACAGCAGCGCUCGCCAGCAGGGCCGCGUCCUCAUGGAGGCGGCCAUUAGCUCCAACCUUGCGCAUCCCAAUAUUGUCACGACAUACUCGUACGAGCUGCGGGAGGUGGAGCACGAGUUGGCGUCCAUCUCACAAGAGCUGGCGCGGCAGGGUGGUGGCUGGCGCCUGCUCAUCAUCCAGGAGUACUGCGACGCCGGGCCGUUGCGUCGUCUUGUGGAUUGUGGCUUCUUCCUAACUCCACCCAAGCCCUCCGGCACGCGCCCCAAGCUCAAGUUGCCCUCCGUGGGGCUGAUGCGCAAGGACUCCCCGUCUGGGCGGCCAACCAGCAGCCUCCAUGCAGCUCGUCGUUACGUGGAGGCUGCGCUCAUGGUCGCUCGGGGCCUGCAGCACAUACACGACAAGAACAUCGUACACGGUGACCUCAACCCGAACAAUGUGCUGCUGGUGCGCGCCCCCGGCACACCGCUGGGCUUCUGCCUCAAGGUCGCGGACUUUGGGCUCUCUGUGCGCAUGGCGGAAGGCGAGUCGCACAUGUCCAACCUCUUCCAGGGCUCCCCGUACUACUGCGCGCCG